GCGUUGACGUCACCGUUGUGUUGAUUUGCUAACACGAAAGAAGAGAGGAGUUAGUGCGUGUGAGAGCGGGUACUGUGAACUGCAUUGCUAUGCUGUAGCCCAAUAACCACACAUUCGGAAUCAAAACUUGCAACUUGGAUUGGCCUUAUCUUGUUUACAAAGAUACCGGUAAGUGAACAAACUGCUGAGGAGUGAAAGCAAGCCUCAUGAGUUGGCCUGGCGGAUCUCAGCGACGUUAUGGAUUUGACUAAAAUGGGUAUGAUCCAGCUCCAGAACCCCAACCACCCCACAGCCCUGCUGAAGAAGGCUAACCAGAUGCGUCUGGCCGGAACCCUCUGCGAUGUGGUCAUCAUGGUGGACAGCCAGGAGUUCCAUGCUCAUCGGACCGUGCUGGCCUGCACCAGCAAGAUGUUUGAGAUCCUGUUUCACCGCAACAGCCAGCAUUACACCCUGGACUUUCUUUCACCAAAGACCUUCCAGCAGAUACUGGAGUAUGCCUACACUGCCACACUCCAGGCCAAAGUGGAAGACCUGGAUGACUUACUGUACGCAGCAGAGAUCCUAGAAAUUGAGUACCUGGAGGAGCAAUGCCUCAAGAUCCUGGAGACAAUCCAGUCCUCAGACGACAACGACACGGAGGUCAACAUGAACGAGGAAGGCACGGAGGAAGACGAUGAGCGCAAUUGCAGGCAAGGAGGGAAGAACGCCAAGAAGCAUUCCAUGGAGGGGAGCUACCAUUCAGCCGUCCAACAAGCCUCGGCCCUGGCCAGUAUGGUGGACCAGAGCCCCUCUGUCUCCACAUCCUUCGGGCUUUCCACCAUGAGCCCAACCAAAGCUGCCGUGGACAGCCUGAUGAGCAUAGGCCAGUCCCUCCUGCAGCAGGGCUUUGGGGGCGAGCACCUGACUCAAGGAAACUCCCACCACCAAUUGAUGACCGAGAUCAAGACUGAGAUGAUGCAAGUGGAUGAAGGCGGAGGCCAUGGGAGCCCCAGAACCAUGGAGUCCAGCGCCUCCAGCAAUGGCAAAAGGAGCGGCGAGUUGGACAAGAACCGCGAUGGCCCCGGGACUCCAACCAGGAGCAGUGUGAUCACGAGCGCCCGCGAGCUGCACUACGUUCGGGAGGAUGGCAUGGGCGACUCCCAAGCAGAUGGCGGCCAAAUGGGUCUGGAAGCCAUGGCGGGUAUGACCGGCAUGACCGAGAAACACCUGGCCUCCUUGUACUCGCUGCCUACCAAUCAUAAAAAUGAGUCCAUGCUAUCCAUGCCAGCCUCCAUGGCCUCUUCUCUCCAUCUGUCCCCUGCCCUGGCCAUGACCAUGGACUUCAGUGCCUAUGGGGGACUUCUGCCCCAGAGCUUCAUCCAGAGGGAGUUCUUCAACAAGUUGGGGGAGCUGGCUGCCGGUAUGAAGCCAGACGGUAGGAACCAGCAUGAACGCUGCAACGUGUGUGGCGCAGAGCUACCAGACAACGAAGCUGUGGAGCAACAUAGGAAGCUUCACAGCGGAAUGAAGACCUAUGGAUGUGAGCUGUGUGGGAAACGCUUUCUGGACAGCCUACGCCUUAGGAUGCACUUGCUGUCUCACUCAGCUGGUGAGAAGGCCAUUGUCUGUGACCAGUGUGGGGCCCAGUUCCAGAAGGAGGAUGCUCUGGAGGCUCACAGACAGAUCCACACAGGCUCGGACAUGGCCAUCUUCUGCCUGCUGUGUGGGAAGCGCUUCCAGGCGCAGCCGGCACUGCAGCAGCACAUGGAGGUCCACGCCGGUGUGCGCAGCUACAUCUGCAGCGAGUGCAACCGCACCUUCCCCAGCCAUACGGCACUCAAACGUCACCUUCGCUCGCACACAGCAGGUGACCAUCCAUAUGAGUGCGAGUUCUGUGGGAGCUGCUUCCGUGACGAGAACACUCUGAAGGGCCACAAGCGCAUCCACACCGGGGAAAAGCCCUAUGAAUGUAACGGCUGUGGGAAGAGGUUCAGCCUCAAGCACCAGCUGGAGACCCACUACCGCGUGCACACAGGUGAGAAGCCGUUUGAGUGCAAGCUGUGCCACCAGCGAUCCAGGGACUACUCGGCCAUGAUAAAACACCUGCGCACCCACAACGGUGCCUCGCCGUACCAAUGCACCAUCUGCCUGGAGUACUGCCCCAGCCUCUCAGCCAUGCAGAAGCACAUGAAGGGCCACAGGCCCGAAGACAUCCCCCCGGACUGGAGGAUAGAGAAGACCUACUUGUACCUCUGCUACGUCUGAUGCCACCAGACAACAGCCGGGGGGAAGGAGGGCGAGCAGAGGAAGUGGGGAAGGGAGCGAGAGAAGGAGGAGUAGGAGGAGAACGAGGCCUGUGGCGAAGAAGUCAAGCGAGGAAAUCCACGAGACGGAAGCACAGGCGAUUUUCUAAUGCAAAGAGAGUGAAUGACAGAGGGGCACACUGAGGAAAAGGGCUGGGCAGAGUGCAGUUCUGACCAGAGGACAUUACCCCUUCGAAGUCACAUGUCGUUCAAUACAUCAUUAACGUUUUGUUUCAAGUUGUUUUCAAAUUGCCUAAUGCAAAACCUGUGGGUGUACCCUCAUCGAUGGAUCCGCAUCAAUGGAGUUUGUUGUCCUUAAGUCUACUCACAGACUCGAAAGAUGUCACCCAAGCCACACCUGAAACUGAACUGAAAUGGUUCUCAAAGGCUAUGUGAACCCACACAUCCCCAUCAUUUAGACCACUGUGUAUCACUAAAUGUAGUUUUGACACCCUCACCUUUUCUGGUAAGGGAUUGUAUCAUACUGUAACUUGGUGGGUCAAUCCUCUCAUUACCUGAUACUACAGAUCCCUUCCUGAUUUGAUUGGAUUAAAUUAGACACCAAGUCAUGUCCUGCUUGAGGAACAUGUCACAGUUGACCCCUACUACCCAUCUCAUUAUUUACCAGAGUGCUCCAAAAUGGUGUCUUCAGACCUGGUGGCACAGAGCACUUAGAGCCCCUACGGUGGUGUCAUUCAGAUAGCCCUCGAGAAUCAGAGCCUAAGGGCUGGCUCAUGUGUCACAUGUCAGCCAGACCUAUGGCAAAAUAGCACCAUGUAUUGUACUGCAUCAACAUAAGCAAAGUUGAAUUGGAUUGGGGCACAACACCUCUGUACCCACGCAGUGGGUUAUCUUUUGUUCAGCAAGGGAGAUUAACAGAGGAUGAUAUUCCCAUAUCGGAAAUCUCCUCUUCCCGGUGAGCUUCCAGGGUUCUGUUGGAUAAGGGCUGAAAACGGCUGAGGCCACUAGUCAGGUUUCGCCGGAGCCUCUCGGGAGUCGAACCAUGACGGUCACUUUUUUAUUCUCCUUAUCUUUGUCUCCGCAUCAGUUUAUCUUAGCUUCAUUGCACAGGUAAAGACAUAUUACGACAGCAGUCUCUGUUUGAUGUUUCUUAUAUCAGAUAUGUUUUUGAGGGGUAGCUCGCUGCGAAGCCGCUGCUCUGUUUUCUCUUAAACUAUACAGCAUUAACUGGAGAUGUCUCAUUUAUUUCCGCUAUAGAUGCUGGACUGAUACAAAUGUAAGCAGAUUAUCAUCAAUUACACUAAAUUGCAGUACGUCGUCUGACUCAUAACAUGGACUAUUUUCUCACAUUAAUAAUCUUAUAUUCUCUAUAUGCCAUGGUGAUGGAGACCAAAAUGACAAAGGCUGCUGAGGAUUGAGGUGGGGAGCUAUGACGUGUAGGGGUAGUAACCAGUAACACCACCGCUAUGACGUGUAGGGGUGGUUGUAAUGCCUUCAUGAUGCGACUAUAAGGAGAUAUGGCACUUGUUAUAACAGAUUGUAUGUACUGUUAUGAGGAGUAUAACCGUGAAUGUGAUGCCAGGUGGAAAAUAGUUUCAUAAAAUUGUAAUAGUGCUAUAUCAAUAAAAUAUGUUGUCAUAACCUGUUAUAACAAGCACUAUGUCUGUUCAUAUGGCAGCAUAAUGAAGGCAUUAUGAGCACCACUGUCAGUUCAGUGUUAACGGGAUAAUCACACUCAAUUAUUAGCAGGGGAGGGGGAUGGGGGACUAAACUGAUUGGAGGAGACAUGGCCUGGCCAGCCCAGGGGGCGAACGGUAAGAAGACACAAUAAAUCAACUCUUAAUAUAUGGUUUUGUUUCUUCGCUUUGUCUCUUUCCUAUUAUAUCUUGAUUUAUCUCAGCACAUUGUACUUGAAUUACCUCGUUUUUUUGUGACCUCGUGCUUGUUUUUAGUUCCCUUGUGUUUUUUUGUUUAAUUUUGUACAUGUUCUUACUUUUUGUGAGCGUGUGUCCGAAAGCCGCACUAUUGCGCGAGGGAGAUGUGAUAAAGCAAUGUGUACGUGGAAAUGAGUGCCACGGUGAAAAUAGAUUUUUAUUGUUGUGUAUUUUUGUGCAUUAUUGUUACCAAACUUGGUAUUUUUUUAUUAACCCUGCUUGUUGAAGAGCUGGUGGGUUUGGUCAUUCUUAUAAAAGCUACCUCUAAGUUGUUUUCUUUUCAUUUUUGCAAAAGCACGUUAUUUUGUGUGUUUGUGUUUUGCAUCUUUGCAACUUCAUCUCAUGCUUUCAAGUGUUGACUUAUUGUCUUUUCAUAUGUGUAAGUGACAUUUAUAUAAAGGGUAAGAUUGAUGAGGAAAUAUAAAACAAGAGUUUAUUCUUAUCUUACAGUCCCCCCCUGACAGUAACCUUAAGAACAGAGAAGAGAUGUUGAAGCCUUAAGUAUGGGGUAAGAGGGAUGUACGCAGUAGAAGAAGUAAUAGUACUUUUAAGAGUUUAAAAAAAAAAAAACGUUAAACUUGAAAAUAUGUGAAUAGAAUUGUAGUUUUGUAAUGUGAAAAAAAAAGGUUCACCAAUGUUGAACCACCGAGAACAGGUCAUAUAUGCAGCGUGUGUGCGUUGGACAGUGUGCGUUGGACAGUGUGCGUUGGACAGUGUGCGUUGGACAGUGUGCGUUGGACAGUGUGCGUUGGACAGUGUGCGUUGGACAGUGUGCGUUGGACAGUGUGCGUUGGACAGUGUGCGUUGGACAAUUGGGACUGCAAGUGUUAAUCAAAGAAAAAAGGAAGGUUAGAAAAAAAGAGAUCCUCUCGACAAGUUCUCUCGAAAUGAGUGUAUUCCUGAACAAGAGCCAACAGAGGCAGUUUGAUAUAAAAAUUGUAAUAUUUUUGUAUUCAGUGUCAGUCCCUUUCCAUUUGUCGAGGGUUUCAGCAGGGCAUAUAUUUGUAUAUAUUUUUUUUUUAUUACCUAGUUUUUUCUCUGGUUUUGAAUCUUUUGCCUUGCUCCUCUUUGGUAAUGUUAAAUGUGUGAAUAUGUGGUCGUAAGUGUUGCUUUCUGGAUGUCAAUGCAUUGUAGGCGAAGGACUAAAUCUAUCGGCCAUAAACGUGCGUGUGGAAAAAAAAGAAAUAGAUCAUUUAAAAUGGAUGGCAGGGAUGCUGCCAUCGGUCAAUUAGUACACAUCAUUCACAAUUUUCAAUCAACUUUUAUUGCCAACAUUUUGUUUUUGUACUUGAAGUGAUAAAAAAAAAGAAGCAAUGGCAUGAACGUGGUCGUAUUGGCCCAUGAUUGUCUUGCCAUUGUAUUAUCGAACACUGUGAGCCGAGGGAUUUCCCUCGUCCAAUAUUCAUCCACUAUAAUAACUUCAGUCACCAAAUCAGAGUGCCAGGCCAGAGAGCCUGAAACAAUCUCAUCAAACUUCAAUAACUAGAGGGAUUCAGUCUCCUAUCAUUGUUCUCUGAAUGUUUUAUACUUUUUUUGUGUGUGUGCAUAAAUGAAAGUGUAUCUGUGGGUGCGUGUAUUAGUGAAAAAUGCACUAAUUAGAUCAGACACAAAAUAAAAACAAUGCUCUGUGCCACUUUUCUCUCAACAUGUUGAAAAAAGAAUUCAUUGGCGUUGAUAUAGUUCUUCCCUCAAUGUUACUCUGUUUCUGUAAUAUCGUUGUGCCUAAAAUGGAAAUUGUUCAACAAAAAUGUCCAUCUAUAUCUGCUUAGUUUCUGUACUUUCAGAAGAUAAUUAAUGGUGUCUCCAGCACUCUAGGGAUGUCAUGACGAUUUGAGAUGACCUGAUUUCUGAUUUAGAAUAAAAAAGGAGCUGUUCUGGAGGGCUGUCAUUAGCCUAAAAUUGGUAGUGGGUAAACCACCUUUGAUGUUUUUGUUUGUAAGUGACACCCAAAAGCAAUGUAACUUGUUUACGCACAAAAAGCAAGGAAGAAAAAGUGUCCGAAAAAUACAGACUAUGGAGCUUGAGAGUAUAAGACACAAAGAUGAUAUCAUUCACGGGCCAUGAAAAUGGUAUGCAUUUUGCUUUUUCAAUCUGUUCUGAAGGACUGUUACCUGUUCAUUUUGGAAAUAAGUCUAAGUAUGUUUUUUCGUGAAUAAUAUUUUGCUGUCAGCAACAGGUUUAGUGAGCAGUUAAUGUCCUUCAAAAUCCACUUUGGCAGCUUGACAAACCCAUAGCGUUGCCCCAGCUUAACAUUACGACUUGUUUGUUAUAAAGUACUUGUUCUUAAGAUAAGAAAUACAUUCAAAGACGAGCCUUACAAAAUCAUGGCAUCCCUGGAGUAGGCACUCUGUGUUUCAGUGUGGUGUUCUAGAACAAGUAGCCAUUUCAUGCAGUGUUGCCAUGCAUGUGCCAUUUGAGGUCCAGACUAAACUGUUUGAGUAUCAAAGCACCAAGACAUUGUCUUUUUAUAUUAGCACUGAGGACCAAUUGCCCUGUCGGACCAAGCAUUACAAAGCUUUUCUCUCUCUUUCUCUCUUUCUGCUGCUUGUCUGUCAUUUUGUUUCAUUCUUCCUUGUUGUGACAGCACAAGUGCCAGUCGAGUUGCUCUGUAUUAAGAAAAUAGUGUUUUUAUUAUUAUUUGAAUUGUUAUCGUUUUCGUCUACCUCAGCACCUGAUCUUAGCCUAAUCUUAGAAGGUGCCCAAUUAUUAUAAUUUAAUUUCUACUUUUUUCUGUAAUUUGAAUAAAAAUGAUUUAAUUUGCAUUAGAACUUUGCCAAGGUCCUUUGUCUUUUCCAGCGAUUAGCUGUGUGUCUGUGGCCCUGCUUCCCAUGUUAGUUGUGCCACGGAUCCCAGCAUCUGUCUGUUGAUUUAGUUUCUUUUCUUUCCGUGUAGGAUCAGACACAUCUCUUUGUAAAAUUUCAGUGUUUCUAUGAUGGAGUGUGAAAAAAAAAUAAAAGAAAUAAGAGAUUUAAAUGCUGCAGGUUUUAUUAUCCAUGUUGUCACUAAGUACAUUUUGUGCCUUCGAUAGUGAAAGAUAAUAUUUUUUACAUCCUACUAACAGUAGAUUGUUUUGUAGUGAACAUUUUUUUGUAUUUUUAUUUAUGAGUCUCAGAAAAAUAACGAUGUUCAGUUGUAUACCUUCAAUCUGCAGUUAGAAAAUCAAUAAAAAAUGGACUCAAGUUU